CUUUACUUAACUUUCUCUGUCGCCAUUGAAAAAGUCGGAUUUGUCCCUGAAAAGCUGCAAAAUUCUCCAAAUUGCAAAACUCCGACCAAAAUUUUUCCCUCCACUUUCCUCUGAGAAAGCACAAAUUCGAAAAAACCUAUCCACAAUGCCUUCCUCAAACUCCGCCGACCACCACCGCCGCGGCCGACCCUCCGCGACAGCCGCGACCGCGGUCCUAACCCAGCCUCUGCCGUCCAUGUCUAGCACCCACGACGACGAGGAUGACGAUUUCCAAACUCGCCCCAAGCUCAGCUGCUCCCAGAAACCCCUUCAGCUCUCCGACAUUUCCUCCUAUCUCACUCGCCCAACCAAGAAGCUGAAGCAGUCUUCCCCGGCCCUUGGCAAGGAAAAUGCCGUUCCCGCCUUGGCGGUCAGUCAGAGCAACCCCGAGUCACGUAAAUCGCUCAAUCGGAGGGCUGUCAGCUUAUUUGACAUGAGCAAGGGCCGCGUUGCGGAUGAUAUCGAGCUGGCCGAUGCUGAUUGCAGCUUGGAUUUGAUAGAGUCGAGCAUCGAUUGCGAGCGUGCGCCUGUGGAUCGGCAUGUGGAGGGGGGUUGUGGUAGAGCUAGUGAGAGAAGUGAGAAGCUGGAGGUGAACAAGGGCUAUUUGUGCCACUCGAUUGAGUCUAGGUUAAUUAAAGCGAAAGUAGAUUUUGGAUUCAGGGAUGGUUGUAAUUAUGGAGGUUUUGGUGGGAUGGAGAAGAAUGAGACAACUGGGUCGGUGGUUAAUGGGGGUUCUGUGAGCAAUUUGAUCGAGUCUAGGUUGAUUGCAGAGAAAGAGGGUUGUGGGCUGAGUGACGUUGGUUAUAAUGGGGUUUCCGGUGUGCAUGAUGACGAGUGUGAUAAGCAAUUUGAGGUGGGUUCAGACCUUGAUCUGUUGAUUAAGCUGUGUGAUGAGGAGGGACCAGUGCAUUACUCCGAUGACAAAGAUGGAGAGGAAGCAGCAGAUGGUUGGGAUUGUGAUAGCGGGUUGGUUUGUUGUCCUUUAUGUGGCGUAGACAUUUCAGAUCUUUGUGACGAGUCAAGGCAGAUACAUACCAAUGAUUGUCUUGACGAGGGAGAGGCCCGACUUGAUGAGGUUGUAUUUCCUGAUGCCAAUGGGGCACCUUCACCUUGUCCACAGGAAGCUGUCGGUUUGCCUGUUAGUUCUCCCCAGCUAGCUGUUGAUAUCUCUCCAGUGCUUGGAUGGUUACGUAGCCUCGGUUUAGAGAGGUACGGAGAAGCUUUUGUUAGGGAAGAGGUUGAUUGGGAUAGCUUGCAGUGCCUGACAGAAGAGGAUCUUUUGAAAAUGGGUGUUUCUGCUCUUGGUCCAAGGAAGAAAAUUGUGCAUGCUCUAAAUGAACUUAGAAAAGGAGCCCAAGGAGAAAAUGCGGAGCAUGUGGAUAUAAAUGGAAAAUGUGGAAACAAAACGACAACAACAGAACCUGGUGCUUCUAAAGCGAUGGUCUCUGGUGAUAGUAAAGUAGCUGCAAGCAAGCUGAUUACAGAUUAUUUUCUUGGCUCCUCUACAAAUCAGAAAAAGACCUGCAGCAUUUCUACUCGACAAAGAAGAGUAACAGAACAGGCGAGUUCCGGUCGUGGAUGUGCCAAAGGGAAUAAUCGUGUUAAAAAUGUGAAACCAAGGGAUCCUGUUAAAAAUGCAAAACCACGGGAGGUUCCCCUGUGGUGCCGUAUACCUGGAACGCCCUUCCGAGUGGAUGCCUUCCGAUAUCUUACAAGAGAAUGUGCCCAUUGGUUUCUCACUCACUUUCAUACAGACCAUUAUCAAGGUCUUACAAGGUCCUUCUGUCGUGGGAAAAUCUACUGCUCUGCAGUAACUGCAAAGCUUGUAAAUUUGAAGAUUGGUAUCCCCUGGGAAAGACUGGAAGUUCUACCAAUUAACCAGAAGGUUGUAAUUGAAAGUGUUGGAGUGACAUGCUUAGAGGCUAAUCACUGUCCAGGUGCCAUAGUAAUCCUCUUUGAGCCACCUACUGGUGAGGCUGUUCUCCAUACAGGAGAUUUUCGCUUUAGUGAAGAGAUGGCUGGACUGUCUAUUCUGCAAACAACUCGUAUCCAUACUCUUAUCCUUGACACCACUUAUUGUAACCCCCAGUAUGACUUUCCAAAGCAAGAGGCAGUGACCCAAUUUGUCAUUGAGGCCAUUCAAGCUGAAUCCUUUAACCCAAAGACUCUUUUUCUCAUUGGCAGCUACACAAUUGGGAAGGAGAGGCUAUUCUUGGAGGUUGCUCGUGUGCUACAUAAAAAGAUUUAUGUCAGUGCUGCAAAGCUGCGUAUUAUACAGUGUUUUGGGUACUCUGCGGAGGACAUGCAAUGGUUUACAUUAAAUGAAAAGGAAAGCCACAUCCAUGUUGUGCCUAUGUGGACUCUGGCUAACUUCAAAAGGCUGAAGCAGAUUUCUAAUGAGUAUCUGGGAAGGUAUAGUCUUAUUGUUGCCUUUUCUCCUACUGGCUGGACUUUUGGUAAAGGCAAGAAGAAAUGUACAGGCAGAAGGUGGCAGCAGGGAACCAUCAUAAGGUAUGAAGUGCCAUAUAGUGAGCACUGCAGCUUUUCAGAACUGAAAGAUUUUGUAAAGUUCACGUCGCCUGACAGGAUAAUACCAAGUGUCAACAACGACGGGCCCGAAUCUGCCAAUUCGAUGAUUUCCCUCCUAACCUCAUGACGUCUUGAGAGAUGAUUCUUUAUGUGUAAUGCUGAAAAAAUCCAUAUUGGAUACGCUCAGAAAAUCCUCCCUCCUGUCGACAUGGAUGAACGCGACAAGGGAUGAGAUAAUGGACUUGGUUGAUGACUACCAUCAUAAAACAGAAUAAUGUGGAGAUGUCUGGCGCCAACAGCAACAAUAGUGUACACCAUGCACCAUUAAGCAUUUCCUCCAGAAUGCCGUGCUGAUGUAAGUCGUUUUAGCUCCUUAUGAAUAGGCCAUUGCCCUCAAGGAAAGUUGUUACACAAUGAAAGCAUCAGCUACCAAAAUUCAUCUCUAUCUGUUUGCUGAUUUAUUUGACAGAUGGUGGUCGUUUUGUGUACAAAGAGUACUGAUGCUGCAAUGUUGUUUAGUAGUUGCGGGAAUUCUUGUGGCUAUGUUUUCGUUACUCCAAAAUCCCUAGUGACAAGUCCGAUUGAUGGA